AUGGGUUUUUGUGCAGCAUGCGAUUUAAAAGUCGAAAAUGAUCUCCCACUGUCGCUUUCCGAAUUCUGCGACUGCGACCAGUACAGAAGAUGGAUAUGUUUCCCUUGUAAGGUCAAAGAAAAUUGUGUUGAAGCAAAAUACAUCGAAACACGAACAAAGGAGGUCUCAAGGGCAGCUAGCCAGGAGGCUCUUGCUGAAAUAUAUGAAGGUCUAUGGCAGAGGGCAGCUUACGAUGUCACAGGGUAUUGGUGUCCAUGCGGCGAAAGAGUUCCUCAAGACGGCAAUAUCAGAUGUAUGUGGUGCAAGCGUCGACACAACCUGAAUACCUGGAAGAACGGAGACCGAGAUGCCAUACCCUUUUUUGACGAUGAUCCGUGCUAUCCACAGAUGAUAUUUGACCCGGCCGGAGGACUCUGGGACGAAAAUAUGACAUACGCACCCUUAGCCUACGAUGGUCCUAUUUAUUGA